AUGCCAAAUGAUGGAUCACCCCAAAAUACAGAUAAUAUUGUUCAAUCUCCUAAUAAAAAUAAAAAGAAAAGGGUGAGGAAUGAGGCUCAGUGGAAGAAAAAUAAAAUAAAACAAUUAAAGAAUUUGGGUAAACAAUAUACAUCUCGCACUGGUAAAACUGUUCCUGCCAAAGCAAUGAAGCCGCCUUGUUCAGACAACAAUGGGCAAAAUGUAAGAGUUUGCAAAACUUUCUUACUAAACACAUUGGGAAUUACGGAUAGAACUUUACUCACUGUGAUCGAGGCUAAAACAAGUGAAGGCUUUCUAGGCAGUGCACCAAUGGACAGUCGUGGCAAGCAUGAUCAUCAUAUUAAAACUGAUCCAGAAGUCUUGGACUCCGUUAGAGUUCAUAUAAACUCCAUAGCUAGGAUUGACAGUCAUUAUCUCCGUGCAAACACGAGUCGAGAAUACAUUGAUGGUGGUCUCACACUAGCUGAUUUACAUCGUGACUACAAAAACAUGAGGGAAUCCGAUAACAAAACUGCUGCCAACUAUGAUUUAUACUACCGAACAUUUACUAAAGAGUUUAACAUUUCUUUUUUCAUCCCCAAGAAAGAUCAGUGCGAUCUACGUGAAUCUCGUAAAAAUGCAGUUGACGGUGAUGAAGUAUUAGAAAAUCAAUAUUUGGAACAUCUGCGCCAAAAAGAACUCAGUCGAGCUGAAAAAAAGAAUGACAUUGAGACUUGUAAAAUGGCGGAAAGCAAUAGCAUAGUAGCUAUAUUUGAUUUACAAGCUGUGAUGCCUGUACCGAUUGGAGAAUCAACAGCUUUCUUUUAUAAGUCUAAAUUAAAUUGUCUGAAUUUAACUAUCACUGAUAUAAAAAACAAGGAGACGAUUUGUUACUUCUGGCAUGAGGCUUUAGGAGGUCGGGGUGCAGUUGAGAUCGGUUCCUGUGUCUACAAAUUCCUGCAAAAAGUAUCUGAUAAAUAUCCUAAUUCUGACGUUACGUUUUAUACCGACAACUGCUGUGGACAGCAGAAGAACAGAUUCAUUUUCUCAAUGUAUCUGAAAAUUGAACAUAUAAAUUUAAAACUGGAUACGAGGAAGACUGGACAGAAGCCGUUACAAAAAUCUCCAGACGAAAUAAGGGAGACACAAAAGAUAUAA